GGAAAACGAAACAUCACAACUUCACAAGCUCCUGGUAAAUAUAAAUAGACACUCGUUUACACACUGAAAACCCCAAAUAAGCUGAACUAAAAGCUCAAUCAGAUCAACAAUGGCGAUCCUCACCGACUACGAAGAACCCGCCGUCACCGUAGCAAAGCCCUCAGCUCCGCCCGUCACGAAGCCAUUCACCGCCGUGCUAGACACCUCCAAUCCGCUCGGCUUCAUCCAAUCCGCUCUCGAGUUCGCGGCGCGCGAAUCGAAGCUGUUUGACAGCGAUUCGGUCGUUGAUGAAGUGAGUUCGCUCGUUCGAGUCGUGAAGGAGAAGCUCGAUGAUGAGGAGAAGAGGAAGAGAGAGAAGAUUGAGGCUGAGAAGAAGAAGAAAGAGAAGGAGGUGAGUGAGAAGAAAGUCAACGGGAACGGGAAAGUCAACGCGGAUAAGGAGAAGGAGAGUGGGAAGAGUGACGAGAAGAAGGAGAAAACUGCUUUAGCUCCCAAUGCUGGCAAUGGCUUGGAUAUGGAGAACUACAGUUGGGGUCAAUCUCUGCAAGAGGUUACUAUCACCAUUCCAGUGCCUCUCGGAACGAAAUCGCGGUCCAUUUUGUUGGAGAUGAAGAAAAACCAUCUGAAGGUGGGAUUGAAGGGGCAGCCCCCAAUCAUUGAUGGGGAUCUUUAUCAGCCUAUUAAGCUUGAUGAUAGUAUAUGGAGCCUGGAGGACCAGAAGUGUAUCUCUGUACUUCUUUCCAAGCAGGACAAAAUGCAAUGGUGGAAGUACUUGGUGAAAGGGGAUCCUGAAGUUGAUACCCAAAAGGUAGAGCCUGAGAGCAGCAAACUAUCUGAUCUAGAUGGAGAAACACGGUCAACUGUGGAGAAAAUGAUGUUUGACCAGCGCCAGAAACAGAUGGGGCUUCCAACUAGCGAUGACAUGCAGAAACAGGACCUGCUUAAGAAAUUUAUGGAGCAGCAUCCGGAGAUGGACUUCUCAAAUGCAAAAUUUGCUUGAGUGCUGCUUGGGGAAAUAAUGUGUUGGUGGACAGGUGCUAAAUAGGAGAUCUCUUUUGCUGUGUUUUAAUUUUGUAGUAAAUCAAUCUUUUGCUUACUUUUAAUGGGUUUCCUUGUGAACUUACUCUGUUAUGUGUUUUUUUUAAUUAUUAUAUUUAAUAUAUAUUAGUUGCAAAA